GUUUUCUGGUUGGCUGACGCGGGGAGGAUUUGAAUUCAGCGAGCAGACAGUUGCCGAGGCGUUCGGUGGCCGUCGUGGAUCCAGCUGUCAGCAUGUCUUUUCCUAAGGCGCCCCUGAAAAGAUUCAAUGACCCCUCGGGUUGUGCUCCAUCUCCAGGUGCUUAUGAUGUUAAAACUUCCGAAGUAUCUAAAGGACCAGUGUCGUUUCAGAAAUCACAAAGAUUUAAAAACCAAAGAGAAUCUCAACAAAAUCUUAAUGUUGACAAAGAUACUACCUUGCUUGCUUCAUCUAAAAAGGCAAAGACUUCGGUGUCAAAGAAGGAGUCUCAGAAGAAUGAUAAAGAUUUGAAGAGAUUAGAAAAAGAGAUUCGUGUGCUUUUGCAGGAGCGAGGUGCUCAGGACAAACGAAUCCAGGAUAUGGAAUCUGAGUUGGAGAAGACAGAAGCAAAGCUGAGCGUAGCAGUCAGAGAGAAAACAUCUCUUUCUGCAAGUAAUGCUUCACUGGAAAAAAGGCUUAUUGAACUAACCAGAGCCAACGAGCUGCUAAAAUCUAAGUUUUCUGAAGAUGGCAACCAUAAGAAUAUGAGAACUCUAAGCCUGGAGUUGAUGAAACUUAGAAAUAAAAGAGAAACGAAGAUGAGGAGUAUGAUGGCUAAACAUGAAGGCAUGGAGCUGAAGCUGCAGGCCACGCAGAAGGACCUUGAAGAAUCUCAGGGGAAAAUAGUCCAACUGGAGGGAAAACUAGUUUCCAUAGAGAAAGAAAAGACUGAUGAAAAAUCUGAAACAGAAAAACUCUUAGAAUACAUCGAAGAAAUUAGUUGUGCAUCCGAGCAAGUGGAAAAAUACAAACUUGAUAUUGCCCAGUUAGAAGAAGAUUUAAAAGAGAAGGACCACAAGAUUGUAAGUCUUCAGCGAUCUCUUGAGGAAACCCUCACAUUUUCUAAGCAAAUAGAAGACCUGACUGUUAAAUGUCAGCUGCUUGAAACAGAAAGAGACGAUCUUGUCAACAAGGACAGAGAAAGGGCUGAAAGUCUCAGCGCUGAGAUCCAGAUUGUAACAGAGAAGCUUGUUCUGGAAAAACAAGAAUAUGAAAAGCUGCAACAAAAAGAAUUACAAAUUGAGUCACUUCUACAACAAGAGAAGGAAUUGUCUGCUCGUCUUCAGCAGCAGCUCUGCUCUUUUCAAGAGGAAAUGGCUUCCGAGAAGAACGUCCUUAGAGAAGAGUUAAAGCUUGCCCUGGAGGAGCUGGAUGUGGUGCAGCAGAAGGAGGACCAGAGUGAAAGGCUGGUUAAACAGCUGGAAGAGGAGGCAAGGUCAACCGCUGAGCAACUAAAACGGCUGGACGAACUGCUGAGAGAGAAAGAAGUUGAGCUGGAGAAAAGUAAUGCUGCUCACAUCCAUGACACAUUGACUUUACAGGAGAGGUAUAAUGAUACAGUGCAAGAUCUUGGAGACAUUACUGCUCAAUUGGAAAGCUAUAAAGCAUCAACACUUAAAGAAAUAGAAGAUCUUAAGCUGGAGAAAUUGACUCUACAAGAAAAAGUAGCCAUGGCUGAAAAAGAUGUAGAAGAUGUUCAACAUCAGCUAUUGACAGCUGAGAGCACAAAUCAAGAAUAUGCAAGGAUGCUUCUAGAUCUGCAGAACAGAUCAACAUUGAAAGAGGCAGAAAUUAAAGAAAUCACAUCUUCGUCUCUUAAGAAAAUAACUGAUUUGCAAAAUCAACUCAGACAACAGGAUGAAGAUUUUAAGAAGCAACUUGAAGAGGAGGAAGCGAGAAAAGCAGAGAAAGAAAAUGCAGUGACAGAAUUAACUGUGGAAAGUAACAAGUGGCGUCUCCUUUACGAAGAGCUGUAUGACAAGACUAAACCUUUUCAGCAACAACUGGAUGCAUUUGAAGCAGAGAAGCAGGCAUUGUUGAAUGAACAUGGUGCAACUCAGGAACAGCUAAAUAAAAUCAGAGAUUCAUAUGCAGAGCUGCUGGGUCACCAGAACCUAAAGCAAAAAAUCAAGCAUGUUGUGAAAUUGAAAGAUGAAAAUAGCCAACUCAAAUCGGAGGUGUCAAAACUCCGAUCUCAGCUUGUUAAAAGGAAACAAAAUGAGCUCAGACUUCAGGGAGAAUUGAAUAAAGCUCUGGGCAUCAAACACUUCGACCCUUCCAAGGCUUUUCAGCAUGAAUGUAAAGAGAAUUUUGUCCCCAAAACCCCACUAAAAGAAGGCAACACAAACUGCUGCUGAAUUCUGAUGCAACAUCAAGGAUCAUGGAAGUAUACGUCUGAAAUACCUGUUGAAGAUUAUUUUCUUCAUUAUUCCUGAUAUUAUGUUUAUAGUAUAUAUUAUAUAAUAUAUUCAAUUUCUACUGCCUAUUCUUAGGUAUAUGAAAGGACAUUUAGCAUUUGUUAUGGAAAUGUCUUUUGACAUUUUAUUUUCAUUAUGUAUCUCCUUAAUCUUUACCUUUGUCAUCUCGUUCUGAACCACCUUAUUUGCUUUGCAGCUUACAUUGCACUACUAUAAAAAUCAACAUU